GCUCGCCAGUUAGUAUAAAUUGGAUCUACGCCAGCGAAAUUGUAUCAGUCUCACUGUUUAGUCGAGAGGAUAAACAACCAUGUACGCUAAACUGUUCAUCGUUUGCGCCCUUGCCGUGGUAGCGCUAGCCCGCGAGUACCCGGCCGGCCUCCACCCUGCAGUAUGCCCCAACUACCCCUACUGCGACACCAACACCUUCGCCAGGUUUACCCCGGACGGCAUGCCGAUACCUGAAUGGGUCUACAACCCAUCCAUUCUCCCUGUAGCCCCCGCUGACCCCAACGCCAACGUUGCUGCUAAAUACCCAGCCAACUUCAACGCUGCCAGUUGCCCCAACUACCCCUACUGCUGGUGAACAGUUUAGAUACAACGGCCUGCCUUCCGGACGGACUCACAUGUUAAUUCCAGAUAUUUCUACGAAACGUCACUUUGACAUUUAAUUUUUUUUUUCUCAAUCGAUCCAGCCCUAUCCAAUGGCCCUGCACGUUUCGUAAAACAUCUGCGCGUAUUAGCAAUGUACUGCCAUAUUUUUACUGUACCUAAUUAAAAUUGUAAAUACAUCUUGACUGAUUAUUUGCUCGGCA